UAAACCGGAAAGAACAAUAUGAUUACGAAACAACUGAGUAUAAAAUUGAGCAAAAUGAGAGGAAGAAAAACAAAAACAGAACUGAACAACAAUCACGUUGCAAACGGAGCAGUUAAAAAUGUUAAAAAAGAUAGAAAGAAAACAAACCAAAACAACCAACAGAUGUUAGUUAAUGUUUUAUUAGGAUUUCUAGGAGUUAUUUUUGCAUGUGGCGUGUUUCUAUUCAUAACAAGAGACUUAGUUCCCGAAUAUGAAAGGAAUCCUUUUGAAAGAACUAAAACAGAGGUUCCAGUUGAGAAUAAAAGAAAUGGUGACGCUUCAAGUAAAAUUAAUAAUCAUAAGAAUAGUGCUAAUAAUCAGAAAAAUUCAAUAAAGGAACAACAUAUUCAAGACGAUAUAUUCAAGCAAAACCCACAUGAGACACAAGACACAAUAGAAAAGCCAGAGGAAGUGUCUUCAACUGGUUGGAGAGAAGCUGACCAGCGUGUCAUAGCUAAAUAUGACUCGACAAUUUGUAAUAUAGAAAAACGGAAAAUAGAAGAGUUGUCAAGUGAAGAAUUUGAAAAAGUAUACAGAUAUAAAAAGCCGGUCAUUGUUACUUUUCCAAAUGGAGCAAAUGACUGGGCAGACGCAGAUAAAUGGACUGUGUCCAACCUGAAAAGGGAGUAUGGGGAUUUUAGAAUAUAUUCCGGCAAUGCGCGGGAGAUUGUGCGCAGAGGAGGAAAUGGAGAAGUAGGGUCCUCCUUCUCUGACUUUGUUGAUAAGUUAAUACAAGAAGAAGAUGAAACAGGGGAACCAUUGUAUGUGUUUGACAGAAAUUUCUACAAUUCAUCCACACUACCGAAAACCUUGAAGCCUCCAAAUAUUUUUAAAAUACAGAAUGGCGUUGAUGACAGCAUAUUCUUUUUGGGAGCUUCCAGAAGUGGAGUGUCAUUCCAUAAACAUGCAGAUUCUUGGAACGGUGUAUUGUAUGGCAGGAAAAGGUGGUUUCUAUAUCCUAUAGAUCAUACACCACCUGGAGGUGUAUUUACUGGAUAUACAAUGUUAGAAUGGUUUGAUAUGAUUUAUCCAAAGAUAAAAGCAGAAGUAGAUAAACCAAUAGAAUGCGUACAAAGGGCGGGAGAAAUACUUUAUCUUCCAGAGGGAUUUUACCAUGGAACAAUUAAUAUUGGAGAUACAGUUGCCAUUGGAAUACAAAAAAAGGAGAGCACUUUAGGAAUACAAAAACUAUUUUAUGAAGAUCGCUAUUUAGGUCAAAUGCUUGCAAACAGUAAAUCUUCGCAAGAGAGAACAGAAUGGUCAAGAAAAUUUAUAGAACUAUAUACAACAAUACUAGAGUUGUUACCGGAGAGUACAGAAGUUAUGCAAAAUAUUGCCGAAUUAUUAACGUAUGUAGACAGACAGAGAGCUAGUCUGGAUAUGGUAAACAAAGUACUAAAGAUAGAUCCUUAUUUUCUUAUGGCUAUUCUACAUAAAGCUGAAUUAAUGAUGGAUAUGAAUGAAGUAUACAAGGCAGAAGAACUGCUACAAGAAGCAUUACAAUUGAAUCCAGAGUUAUUUGAUACACGUGUCAAGUAUGGACGUUUACUUUACGAUACGGGAAGACCUGAAGAAGCUGUUUUUCAUUUCAGAAAGGCUACCGAACUUAGACCGAAUGACAUACAAUUUUGGAAUUAUUUAAAGAACGCACAGAUAGCCAGUGAAGAUGAUAGGGGAGCGGAAGAAUCAGACGAAAUCAUUUUAUAUUUGAAAAGCUUUGAAGACUAGAAUUAAUUUUAAUAAAUAAUUUUCACCAUUUUAGUAAUGUUUUACAUGAUGAUCAUGCAUAUGUUCUGCGUUUUCUUUACUUUUUGUUAGGUCUUGUAUUGGAAUUGAUUGUGGGGGAAAUGUGUAGGAUACUGAUACAAAAUCUAUUUUUUUCAGCAUGCAAGCAAAACUAAUUCAACAAUGUACACAUUUUCGUUUUUAAAACAUGCCACUGUACGUUUUAGCGACAAAAGGGGAGCGGUAUUUUUUUUUUUUUUUUUUUUUAUUUUAUAGUGUAUUUGGAAUAUUUGAAUGUAACUAAAGAAGUACUACCUUACAUCAAUGUUCAAUAUUUUGAAAAUAGUUUUGUUGUAUUAUCUGUUAUCAAGCAGGUAUUAUUCCAAGAAUUGAGAUAACAAAAUUCAAUAAUCUGCAAAUAAUAUAACUAAUCAAGAAUUUAAAAACAAACUGGCAACAUAUAUAUGCAGAUGGACCACAUCUAAAAUAAGAUUUUGAUUAAAAGUUUCCUUUUCUUUGUGGAUUUGUUCGAGCUUUCUGUGUAGUGUUUUGGUGACUGUUGCCCGUCUUUUUUUCUUUUUUCUAUGUCAUUCCUUUUUCAGUAAAUGAUUUUUAAUUCCCAAUUAUGCUCAUCUUUUUUCUACUGACGUAAACACAAUGUUCAUUCAGAAUAAUGAACUAUGGUACAUUAUUUACUAAAAAUGAUGUCAUGGUGCAACAUAAUCAUUUAACUCAAAACAAAUUGCCCUUGUUAUUCAUAACUGGGCUUUGGUUAGUCAUAUUUUAUAAUAAUAAGUGGUUUUAUUCAAAUUGUUUUAUACAAUAUUGCAAUUAUCAUAUAUUGAAUAUUUACAAUACCAUUUUGUUGUAAUGUACUACAAAAAAACACAGCUAGGUGUAACGCACCAUCAUUAUCUUAAGUUCAAUAUAGUUUAGUAUAGAAUAGAGAAUUGUCAUAGUUACAGAAUAAUUAAAAAACGAUCAUUUAAUUUAGUUAAUUUAAUAAGUUGCGUAUCAAUCACCGACUAUUAUAUUUCGGUCGAUGUUUAUAAGGCACCAGAAAUACAACCUGUUUUCGUUGUA